AUGAGGAACUUCACCUUUGUAACAGCUUUACUUCUCUGCAGCCUCAGCUGGAUCUCUGUCUCAGCUUCUGAGUCUCACACUGUGGAGGUCCAGUCUGGUGGAGACGUCACUCUGAUGUGCUCCAACAAUUCUAGCACUCCAACUUUGACAGAAUGGUUCAGAUUGAUCAACAGAAUCAAGCUCAGCUGCAUCUCCUCUAUGUACCCUGAUAAAAAUGCUUCAUUCUGUGAUGGAUUUCAAAAUAGAUUUGAGAUGAGCUCCAACAUCUCUACUGUCUUUCUUAAAAUCAAGAGAGUGGAUUUAUCUGACUCUGGACUGUAUUUCUGUGGAAUUUACAGGAAAAAACAUACAGUCAUUUCCAAUGCAAUACAUUUAAAAGUUCAAGGUGAUGGUGAAUCUGAUAUUGAAAGAAAGCCUGAAAGUAAGGAGUCUGAUGGAAUGACAAACGUCAAGAUUGUGAUCCUGGGUGCUCUGACUGUUCUGACUGUUUUCCUCACAAUAGUCGUCACUGUUCUGGCUGUUAAAAUCAGGAAACUUCAGGCAGCUGUGAAUGAAGAACAGCAGCCAGAAAGAAACGUGAACCCAGCAUUAACUUAUAUAUACUGUGAUCUGGGCUCAGAUGACCUGAACUACGCAGCUCUAAAUGUCCAGCCAAAACCCAAAAGAAGCCGCAGGCCUGCAUCAGAGAGAGAGCUGGAGCCACAUGUUGUGUAUGCUGCCACCAGAUAG